AGUUCCUCUCCCCUCCAGCAGUACAGGAGGGGGGACAGGAGAGAAAGUCACACCCACACUCACUCACUAUUAAUAUUCUACACAGAUGAUUCCGUUAACUAUAAAGGGGUGCCCUCAGGUCGUGGUAUUCGAUCAGCCAGGUCCUAGGAGAGGAGCGAGGAAGCCUGCCUUAGCCACCGUUGGAUUGGGGGUGAAGAGCUGGCCUGGCACUACUCCCACCAGACAGUGAGCAUUACACCUACACUCACCACUGUCCUCUGCUCCCUAACAGGAUGUGCGGCAGGUUCCUGAGGCGGCUGGUGGUGGAGGAGAGCCGGCACUCCACCCCCGUGGGGCGCCUCCUGCUUCCCGUGCUCCUGGGGUUCCGCCUCAUGCUGCUGGCCGCCAGUGGGACAGGGGUCUACGGCGACGAGCAGAGCGAGUUCGUGUGUCACACGCAGCAGCUGGGCUGCAAGGCUGCCUGCUACGAUGCCUUCCACCCUCUCUCCCCGCUGCGCUUCUGGGCCUUCCAGGUCACCCUGGUGGCUGUACCCAGUGCCCUCUACAUGGGUUUCAUUCUGUAUCAUGUGAUCUGGCACUGGGAGGAAUCUGAAAAGGUGAAGAAGGAAGAGGAGACCCUGAUUCGCCAAGGGGAGAAAAGCAGAGAUGCCUUGGGGCCUGGAAGCCCCAGGGUGCUCUGGGCCUAUGUGGCACAGCUGGGGGUGCGACUGGCCCUUGAAGGGGCAGCCUUGGGGGGGCAGUACCAUCUGUACGGGUUCAAGAUGCCCAGCUCCUUUGCGUGUCGUCGAGAGCCUUGCCUUGGUAGUAUAAGCUGUAAUCUGUCUCGCCCCUCUGAGAAGACCAUCUUCCUGAAGACCAUGUUUGGGGUCACUGGGCUCUGUCUCUUGUUCACGCUUUUGGAGCUUGUGCUCCUGGGCCUGGGGAGAUGGUGGAAGAUCUGGAAGCACAAAUCUCCCUCUUCUAAGUACUUCCCAACUUCAGAGAGCGCCCAAAGACACAAGGAACCGACUGAUAACUUCCCAGUGGUGGAAACAAAAGAACGGUUUGCAGAAGCAGGUGAGAGGGGCACUGAUGUCCCUCUUUCUACCUGUCCCUGAUGUAUGGGUCCUGAUGAUCCCCCACGGCAAGCCCCUCACCCUCCGGGAAGUACAACUCCCACAAGUUACAAAGUAGAAAACCAGGUUCUACGCAGAUGUGUCCUAACCACUCAUCCCACCCCAUCGCCCAGCUGCAUCCCCAUCAACUGGAUGGUUCCUUCCAAUGAACCAGGACCCAAGUGCUCAGUUGAUCGUACCUCCUGCCCUUCCAUUUAGGUCUCUUCCCACUUAGGAAAAGGCUCAGCUUCUGCUUGAUCCUCUACUUUGCAGAAUUAUGAAGACACCUGGCUCACCUCUGAAGGAAACCCUCUGACUGCAUCUUUGUCUGAACAUCCAGUGAGUGGGGUGUCUAUCUCCAUGGUAAAUUAAAGGCUGUUGAAGCGUAUCCAAGAGCCUUGGGGGGCCACGGUGUCUGAAGCUUUUCCUUGGAGAUCUCCUGCUUGUGCCUCCUCACCAGAAUUCCCUGGUGUCAGCAUCACAAUUUUCAUGGGCUUGGUUCCAGAGUCAGCCAGCAGAGACCUCCGUAAAACCGUGCCUCUCUGUCCUGCGCAAUAAAUAUUGACCACUGUUGCUGGCAUUCCUGUUGCUGAGGACAAUCCUCUUUCCUGUCUCAAUGAGUCUACUCCUCUUUCCUGCUGUCCACAUCUGUGCUCCCCCCACGUUUAAAAUCUUGUAACCUAUAAAUGCACUGGGCCCUGCAAUAUAUGUCAUAUUCAGAAACUCUGGCUUUCCAAGCAUAUGUAACCCAGGGUCCUUUAAUAUAUAGAUUCAAUGUAUUCAAACACUCAGCCACACUCUUCUGGAAGAUUCCUGUGAAUUCAGAGGCUUACAUACCCUGGACCACUGACAGAUCUGAUUUCUGCUCAGUCCUCAUUCUCUGCCUUGUACGUUGCAGCUGCUCCAUUGUUUCAUAUGGGGGGGAGGGGCCAAGUCGUUACUUUUUAAACUCAUACUUCUCAGUAUCACACAGAAAAGACAGCAGAGUUUUAUUGCUGAUUCAGGGCUAACAGUAAGGGACAUUUACAUCACAGUGUGAUUCAGCAGAUGAUCUAAUGCUGAAUAUCAGGCUUCUCUUUUCUUGUGUCUCUCAGUCAUUUCUGUCCAAAAGCAUCCCAGCCUCCCACCUUUUCUGCAGAAACACUUCCCUUCUCAGUUCUUCCUUGCCCUCAAAUUCUCAACAAAGAGCAGUUUCCAGGUUUGGUUGUCUCCUCUGAAUCUCAGAUGAUCCCCAAGUAAAUUAGGAAGGCUCAUUCCUAAGGAAAGAUACUUGAUUCCCUAAAGACACUUUGGCAACAACUACCAAAGUAACAGUUUUCUUUCUGCUACAGUGUUUCAUAAAGAAUCCUGUAUCUAGCAUAGCCAGAGCCCAGCCAAGUGACCAAGGACAGAAAAAAAGCAAAUGUCAUCAUUCUGAAUUCCUCCUUGAUGGUGUUCCUUUUAAAAUAGCUUUAUUUCUUAAUUAAUUUAUUUUAAAUAAAUUUAUUUA